GAUAGAGAGGAGUGAGUGGAAAUCGAUGUGAUGAAGAAAAGAGAAACCCUACUGUAUCGGGGAAGAGAGGGCGGUUCUCGAAAUGCAAGAAAAUUCGGAGGCGAUGGGGCUGCGGAGUCUUGAAAUCUCGCGAUAUGGGUUUCACAGCGACUUUGGGGGGUGGGUUCGAAGGGAAAGGUGGUCUUUUUAGGUGUUCUUGCGUUAUCUUGUUGUUUUCGUGGUGAUCUUUUUGGCAGUUUUUGGUUUUGAGAGGGAAAAAAAGAGGGUUACUAUUCCCGCUUCGUGGGGAUGGAUCGGAGGGCGCUGGAUGAUAUCAUCCGGCGGCUGCUGGAAGUUAGAGGGAGUCGACCGGGAAAGCAGGUGCAGCUGUCGGAGGCGGAGAUCCGGCAACUGUGUGUUGUAUCGAAGGAUAUAUUUAUGCAACAGCCCAACCUUUUAGAGCUCGAGGCACCUAUUAAGAUCUGCGGUGAUAUUCAUGGCCAGUAUUCUGACCUUUUGAGGCUUUUUGAAUAUGGUGGGUUGCCACCUCAAGCCAAUUACUUGUUCUUAGGUGACUAUGUAGAUCGAGGGAAACAAAGCCUAGAGACCAUAUGCCUACUUUUGGCCUAUAAGAUUAAGUAUCCAGAGAACUUCUUUCUUUUGAGGGGCAAUCAUGAAUGUGCAUCUAUAAACCGUAUUUAUGGGUUUUACGAUGAAUGCAAGCGCAGAUUCAAUGUGAGGCUCUGGAAGGUCUUCACAGAUUGUUUUAAUUGCCUACCCGUGGCAGCUCUUAUUGAUGAAAAGAUUCUCUGCAUGCAUGGUGGUCUCUCUCCGGACUUGCAUGAUUUGGAUCAAAUUCGAAAUUUAGCAUGCCCUACUGAUGUGCCAGACACUGGGUUGCUUUGUGAUCUUUUAUGGUCAGAUCCUAGUAAUGAGAUUCAAGGUUGGGGAAUGAAUGAUAGAGGAGUAUCUUAUACUUUUGGGCCUGAUAGAGUGACUGAGUUUCUUCAGAAGCAUGAUCUGGAUCUGAUCUGCCGUGCUCACCAGGUGGUAGAGGAUGGAUAUGAGUUCUUUGCUGACAGGCAACUUGUGACAAUUUUCUCUGCCCCAAAUUACUGUGGGGAAUUUGACAAUUCUGGUGCCAUGAUGAGUGUAGAUGAAACCUUGAUGUGCUCAUUCCAGAUUUUGAAACCUGCAGAAAAGAAGGCAAAGUUUGGGUUUGGUGGUAUGCCUGCAACUAAAACUGGAACCCCUCCCUCUGGCACUAAGUCUUCUCUUGGUGCAAUGCACAAUCUUUGAGAACUAGUCAUGGCAUGCUGCCCACCGGUCACUCUUUCAAAAAGAUUCUGAACAGCGUAUAUGAUGACCAACUGUAAAAUAUUCCAAUUAGAACCUUUUUCCGUUUACAUUGGCACAUGUCUUGAUGACUAUGUACAAUUGAAUGUAACACAAACAUAUGGAGUUAACUUGACGCAUGGCAAUGAAUGUGGUUGGAUUGGAACAAAGGUGGAGUUGGCGCUUGGGGAAAAAAAGAUAACAACCCUAGUUGCUUUCUAAGCUUGUGUAUGGUGGACGCUAGUCACAUGUCCUCUGAAGGAACACCAUUUUGUUUCCUUUUACUUUUUUGCUUACGUGAUAUUCUCUGUUGCAUGCUAUUGUGAUGUUUGUCAAAAUCUCUGGAGUUAUGUAAGUUUUCAUUUUGAUGAGAAUUAAAACCUGAUGCAUCUAAUGGUCAUUUAGAGCAACUAAAAUUUCAA